AUGUCGUGCCUCAAAAUUCAUCUCAAAAACCUUCGGGCUGAGCUUAAAAGCAAGGCUGGUCAAGAUGACGGCGAGCUCCACAGAGGGCCUGGGUGGGUGGAUGCGCACCCCCUGGUUGGCCUCGGCUGGAAAGUAACAAAGACAGCUUGGUCCAUAGAGGAGCAUUUGCUCGCAGGCAAUGUCUUCAGGUCUGGUUGCAAAUCUGCAAGUGUUGCGGGUCGAUCCCAAGGUUGGGAAGGACCUCGGUUUGGGCCUGAUUCCGAAAUCGACAUCCGGUGGAUUCAAGGAGGGAUGGUGCCUUUGGGAUAUAAAACCAUCAAGCCUCACCAAGAUCCGAGGAACAAAUUAUUGAAGUGGGUUUGGUUUGUUGGGCUGAUCCAUAGGAGAAAACAUUCAUUUUUUGUUGAUCUUGGGAUCUGCAACCGCCAAAGUUAUUCUGUUCGACGCUUAAGCUCCGAAACCUGUUUCCGCCGUGCCUUCGGCUUCCUGAACCUGCCUGUUGGGCUUGAGUAUUUGCACAAGAGCGAAGACCAUCUGAAAUUACCACGCGAAAGUAACCAGCAGCUCACAGGCGCCAUCUCCUUUCGUCCCAAGUCCGACGGCUUGAGUUGGAUAACCGCGUAA